GAGGAGAGUACAAACUUAGCUGAUGUCCUGGAAAGGAGUAGAAACUUAGCAAUGAUCCGAGGUAGAAAUGAGAUGUUACCACUUUACAUGGCCGCUUUGUUUGGCCAUAAAGAGAUGGUACAGUUCCUUUAUGAAGCCACUGAUGACAAGUCAUUAUAUGACAACGACCGCAUUGAAUUGCUUAUCACUCUAAUAAGCAACGGUUUGUAUGGUAUGUAAAAGAUGUUGCACUGGAUUUGCUAGAGAAACACCCAGAGUUAGCCGUCGCUUGUGAUGGAAAUGAGGAGACAGCAUUGCUUGCCUUGGCUCGAAUGCCUAUUGCCUCUCAAAUUCAGCAAGGAUUUUGGAGACAAUGUGUCAAUUUGUUUUCAGGUAGCAACACCAAGUUGCCUCCUAAAGCACUUGAACUAAUCCAACGCCUUUGGGAACAAGUCAUAUUGUCAGAUGAGACUGCAAUUUCAAAUAUUAUUAAAACUGCCCAACAACUGAUAUUUGUUGCUGCAGAACUAGGAAACAUUGAGUUUCUAAUUAUACUUAUACGUGAAUAUCCUGAUUUGAUACUGGAAGUUGAUAAAAAUAAUUAUAGCAUAUUUCAUUUUGCUGUUAUGAAUCGUCAUAGGGGCAUCUUCAAACUCAUACAUGAGAUUGGUACUUUUAAGGAUUUGAUAGUUGCUUCCAAGGAUAAAAAAGACAAUAAUAUCUUGCAUUUGGCUGGAAUGUUGGCACCACCAGAUCGGGUCAAUGUUGUAUCAGGAGCUGCUCUGCAACUGCAGCGAGAGUUGCUGUGGUUUAAGGAGGUCAGUAAAAUUAUGCAUCCAUUGGAUGCCCAGGAUAAAAACAGUGAAGGGAAAACUCCUAGAGCUUUAUUUACUAAGGAGCAUGGAGAAUUAAAGGAAAAGGGAGAGAAAUGGAUGAAGGACACUGCAAACUAUUGCAUGAUUGUGGCAACUCUUAUUGCCACUGUGGUUUUUGCAGCAGCUUUCACUGUCCCAGGUGGCACCAAAGACGAGACAGGGACUCCUCAUUUUAUUCAAAAAACUUCCUUCAAAAUUUUUGUUAUAUCAGAUGCAGUUUCACUAGUAUCUUCCGCAUGCUCCAUCUUAACCUUUUUAUCCAUUCUAACUUCCCGGUAUGCAGAAGAAGAUUUCCUCUCACAGUUACCAAAAAAGCUGGUUGCUGGAUUUGCAACACUUUUAUUAUCAAUAGCAGCAAUGAUGGUAGUGUUUUGUGCAACUAUUUUUAUUGUUUUCAAAGAUGGAGUGCUGUGGGUUCCUAUUCUUGUUAUCGUAAUCGCUUCUAUACCGGUACUUUUGUUCACUAAGCAACAAUGGUGUCUCCUGUUUGAUGUGGUGCGUUCUACAUAUGUAAGUAGCUCUCUUUUCCAGCCACACAAACGUACCCUUUUCUGCCAAUGGAAAGCAAUGGAGUCGAAGAAGAGGAAGUAACUCAGUGUACUGAACAAGUAAUGGUACUACACAAAUUUUGAAUCUAUUUGUCCAUAAUCUGAUGCUGCAACUCUCAGGUCCUGUAAGCCAUUGAAGUAAUAGUUUGAUUAAAUUGAAAUCCUUGACUACGGGACUCACUCCAUAUAUUCUACCAUCCCUUCAUUAUUUAUUGGAAAUGCAAGUACAGGAGGGGAAGUAAAUCAGAAGUUAAUCAUGCCCUGAGUACAGGAGUGUAGGUUAGUUUUACUCACAAUUCAUUACAUUUAAGCCUAAUUUUAAUG